CCCUUGUUGUUUUGUUUCCAUUUUUAGCAUUAUUAUCGAAUCUAAUGAAACAGAUUUUUCUUCUGGUUGUUUGAUAAUAAGUUCAGUUUCACCAUUGUUAAAGGAAGCUUCAGUAUUUGAUUGAGUAAUGGAAAUAAACUUCUCCUCAACGACGGCAAAAUUUCAUUCGUUGCCGAUAACAAAAUCAAUCACUCGCGAUCGGAAUCCGUGUUCACUCUCCAUCGCGCCGCGUAACAAAUCCGCGCAAUUAUCAUUUUCUUCAACAUGUUUUGGCACUAAGAUUAAGAAGAGUAAUAUUCUCUUCAAGGUUUUAUCUUCUGAAGAAGAUCAUGUUCAAGUUGUAGAGGGAAGUGGUGUUGAUGAGAUAUAUGAUACAUUGGUUAAACGAAUUAUGCCUCCAGCGUCAGUGUCGUUAAAUCCUAAUUAUAAAUUUUUUGUUGGCCUGGCUGGUCCACCUGGUGCUGGAAAAAGCACCAUAGCGCAUGAAGUAGCCAAACGCAUAAACAAGCUUUGGCCAGAGAAAGCUUCUUCCUUUGACUCUCAGGUUCAACCUCCUGACGUUGCUAUUGUGAUUCCCAUGGAUGGUUUUCAUCUUUAUCGUUCUGAACUAGAUGCUUUGAAGAAUCCCGAGGAAGCACAUGCCAGAAGGGGAGCUCCAUGGACAUUCAAUCCUACGCGACUGCUUACCUGUCUCAAGAAUCUGAGAGUUCAUGGAUCUGUUUAUGCACCAUCAUUUGACCAUGGUGUUGGAGAUCCAGUGGAAGAUGAUAUCUUUGUGAACCUUCAGCACAAAAUCAUUAUUGUAGAAGGCAACUAUUUGCUCUUGGAAGAUGGGGUAUGGAAGGAGGUUUCAUCUUUGUUUGAUGAGAAAUGGUUUAUUGAUAUUGAUAUAGAUAAAGCAAUGCAGCGAGUUUUGAAGAGGCAUAUCUCUACUGGCAAGCCUCCAGACAUUGCUAAGCAGCGGAUAGAGAACAACGACAGACUCAAUGCAGAACUUAUAAUGAAGUCCAAGAAAAAUGCUGAUAUAAUAAUCAAGUCGGUUGAUUUCUGAGGAAUCUGUUUGUGCUAAGUCAAGCCUAGAUGUCCAAGAGAAGUAAGUAUUAUAACUUUAUAAGGAUGUCUAUAAUAAAGGUUGUGAUUAGUUCACAUCCUAAAAUUGUUAUGCAGCUUUAGAGUAAGCAAAUAAUUUUCGCAAUGGGUCCAAGCACCGCAUGAAUGCUACUUUGGAUUGUGAGUGCAAACUUAUUAAUAUAAUAUGUGCUUUGCAACUAGUUAACUACUUGUUCUCUCUCAGUUCAUCUUGAUCAGUGUCUUACUACAUUGUUUCUUUGUGUCUUGUGGUGGCAAUGUUGUCAUCACAUGUUUGAUUUUACGCUUUGAGGUACUGAAUACUUUUUGCACAAUUUUCAGUUUAAGUGGUUUGAAUUUUGUAUUUUCUUA